AUGGCCACCCCACGAAGUACCCCGAGUAUGAACGUCCCCGCGACCCAAAACACCGCACCGGUGAUCCGCUUCCGCUGCCUCUACACCUAUGACAUGCGACGCAAAGCCAAGCGCUGGCAAGAUGGUUUCCUCCGAUACCACACCUUCAACAAACGCAUCAUGGUAUACGAUGUCGCCGGUAACUUCGUGGGCGACCACCACUGCCGACAGGAUGAGGGCAUCCAAGACGGUGACGAGCUGGAGCUGGACAACGGCGCCCUGAUUGAAGUUUGCGAACCGGUGGAGAGGACGGAGACAGACCUGUCGGGGUUACAUAGUAACAAAAGAAAAGGCCAAGGCUCGCCGUCUCAACGACCUGGAGGGACACCAACCCCUACAACAGUCGUCUAUAACUCCUCUACUCCCGCACGACCUACUUUGCCCUCCCAGCAGAAACCGACCCGCUCCCUGAAUGAUCUUCUCGGUAUUAAGAAGACUCCGACUCCAACACAGCGCGCAGGUUUGCCUCAGACGGGUCCUACAUCAAACCAUACAUUGCCGGUGAAUGGGAACGAGAACGAGCGAGCGGAUUACCCUGCGAAACGCAAAAAGACAGAGACCGCGUCCGAGAAGGUCACCCGUCGGCGUGAACCAGCAAGCAUCGACUUGACGGGAACAGAACCAGAACCGGAGACAUCCAAAAGACAGACAGAGACAACAUCAGUCGCACACUCUAGAACAACUGACCCAAAGAAACACACCACAGCACCUCCCAUCUCUCAUUUGAAACCCACGCACCAGGCCAACAAUAUACCCCAGCGAAAGCAAACCGCUCCCAAUCCUCCCAGACCACGAGAACAACCCCAACCAGAACCAGAACCAGAACCACCAAGAAACAAUGACCCCCCAGCCAACAUUCUCCGCCUCCCUAGCAAAACGAAACCCUCCCGCAAGAAACUCAUGUACCAUACCAUCCUAGCUCAGCAACAGCAACAGCAACAACAACCACAAUCAGAAAACGACCAUGACAACGACCCCAUAGUAUUAUCAGAUGACGACGAUAAUGAUAAUAACCCACCACCUUCGCCCCCUCCACGCCCGCAACACACUACCACCACCACCAUACCGACAACAACUACACCAAAACCACCCCUACUCCUAAAAGCCGGAACAGAGCGCAGAACCUCCUCCUCCUCCCUCCAAAAAGCACACUCUGAUCCUACAGCCUUUACUCGCUUCAACUUGACCACCAAUACCACCACCAACAAUGCCCGUCCUCCCCCACAACAACAUCACAAUCAUCGCCGUCGAGCAUCAGAGAGCGGUAACAGCCCUCUGGAUACAACUGACAAUGAAAAUACCAACGAAGAAGACCCAGAGUCCGAUGGUGGUGGCCCAUGGACUUGGGAAGCUCAGUACCUGUUCGACUAUUGGCCGGCUGGACGGGCGAAGCCGACCAGGACUUGUUAG